CUACUAAAUUCGUAACUAAAGAAAAUUUCAAAAAGAAUUUUCUCCAUUGUUUCCUGCUAUAGAGUGAAGUGAAAGAGAAUGCCUUAGAGAACUCAACAGCAAUGAAAAAAGGAGGAGAGGAUCGUAGACGAAGAUUUCGAUGGCUUUGAAAAUUGAUUAUCCUUUGAAACGAUUUCGUUUAUUGUUGAAGCACAUUGGCAGCAUUGCAAUUGAGGCGAAGAAUCCGGCAAUGAUUUCGAGAUCCGGAGAAAAUUUGUUUUAAGACGAAAAUGAAUUGAUUUUUCGUUUUUUUCUUGUCUUAAUUGCUCUUUUUGUUCGAAAUUUUGAUUUGGAGGAAAAAAAAAGAUUGAUUAAAGAGUUAAAAGCAAUGGAGUCUCGAAUGGAUCAUUACGAGAUCAUGGAACAGAUCGGCCGUGGUGCUUUCGGUGCUGCCAUUCUCGUUCACCACAAAUCCGAGAGGAAAAAGUAUGUGUUGAAGAAGAUCAGAUUGGCGCGGCAAACGGAGCGUUGCAGGAGAUCUGCACAUCAAGAAAUGGCACUUAUUGCGCGAAUUCAACAUCCCUAUAUCGUUGAAUUUAAGGAAGCUUGGGUUGAGAAAGGUUGCUAUGUUUGCAUUGUUACUGGGUACUGUGAAGGUGGAGAUAUGGCUGAAUUGAUGAAAAAGUCAAAUGGGGUCUAUUUCCCAGAGGAGAAACUUUGCAAGUGGUUUGCACAACUACUUCUGGCAGUUGAAUAUCUGCAUUUAAAAUUUGUUCUGCAUCGCGACCUAAAGUGUUCCAACAUCUUUCUUACCAAAGAUCAAGAUGUCCGCCUUGGGGAUUUUGGACUUGCCAAAACUCUGAAGGCAGAUGAUUUGGCUUCCUCGGUGGUUGGAACUCCCAAUUACAUGUGUCCUGAACUGCUUGCAGAUAUUCCUUAUGGUUUCAAGUCUGAUAUCUGGUCUCUAGGGUGCUGUAUGUACGAGAUGGCUGCUCAUCGCCCUGCUUUUAAAGCUUUUGACAUGGCAGGGUUGAUAAGCAAGAUAAACCGAACCUCUAUUGGCCCUUUGCCUUCUUGUUACUCUCCAUCCUUGAAAACACUUAUCAAGGGCAUGCUAAGAAAGAAUCCAGAGCAUCGACCAAGUGUAUCAGAGCUUUUGAAGCACCCUUAUUUGCUGCCAUAUGUUGAUCAGUAUCGUCCAUCCUUCAGUUGCCCUUCAACAAUUUGCUCCCGGGAUAAGCAUAUUUCCACUGGUCGUGAUAAUAGCAAAAACAUGGCUGAGAGUCAGUAUAGUAAUAGCUCAUGUAGUGAUAAAGAUAGUUCGCUUUCAAGUGACAGAAAUACUGUCACAAUGGUUUCAAAUACCAAUGGUAAGACCACUGACACAGAUUCAAUUUCUAAUGAUGAUGAAGAUGCCACUGAGCACCCGCCACUGACACAGAAUGGCCCCAUCAUUUUCACUGGCGAAGUUAAUGAAAAAGGAAUGAUGAAACCUUCUUAUGCAGAACAGGGAUCUAAUGUUCAAUCAAAGCAACCAAAAUCCAUCAAAAGUAUAAUGGUAGCUUUGAAAGAAGGGAAAGUAAGAGAAAAUGGUUCCCCAAUGAGAGGCAGCCGUACAAAAGCUGUAGGUGGAUUGACUCAAAGAAAUAAUGUAGAGGCAUCACCCAAAGUUCUUAAACCACCUGCUCCCACCCUGGGUUUGAAGUGUAAUGUAGAUACCACAACUGUUGCUUCAGCAAGAUUACCAUCAGAUUCUGCAAAAAGAAUACAAGGAUCACACCAUUUGAGGCACCAGUUACCUUUAAUUGAAUCCUCCCCAAAGACUAAACCUAGACAUGAAGGGAUUCCUCCCCCUGUGCCUGGAAAGCAUGUUGCUGAAGAUGGACUAUCAUCUAAGCCAAGGCAAAGUACUCCUUCCAUUGUUGCAAGAAGAUCAUCGAUUACAGGAAGGAUGAAGCAUGCAGGAACUGAUGCUUCAAAUGUGGCAAGUAACAUACCAAAGUUAGUAUCUACAGAGAGAAACCAGGAGCAUGAAGCUAUUCCUCGUCAACUGCCUAAUGGUUGCCUUUCAGAUGUUUCUAGGGAUGUUACACAAGAGGCUGAGCUAGCUUUAAUUGUAGCUACUAAUGGGGUGCAAACAGAUAGCAGCAAUUCUGUCUCAUCUUCAAUCUCAUUUCAGGCAUUUGAGAUUUGUGAUGAUGCAACAACCUCUUUUAUUGACUUGACUGAACAGACACAUUAUAAUGAGAUAAUCAAUCACAUCAAGAGUUUGGAAUCGCAUCCACCAUCCAGCUCUCCUGCUACUCUGCAAUCAGAUAUGCCUGAGGUUCUGUUGAGAGAAAGCCAUGGGAAUGAUCAUAAAUCUGUUGUGUGUUCAACCGAAGAAUCUGAUCCAACCCAGGAUCUUCUGCAUUUCACUUCAGUUGAUGCAAAAGUGAGUUUGAAUGCCCCUUUCGACCUUCCAGUCCUCAGUUCAGAAGAAAUGUAUGUUCAUAAAGAUGAUAUUGCUGUAAGCAAGACGAUGAGUAUGGAUGAUGCUCCUUUAAGCAGGACAAAUAGUAGGAAUGAUGCUGCUCAUUUAAGCAGGAGUAGUAGGGAUGAUGCACCUAUAAACAGGCCAAUCAGUAGGGAUGAUGCCCUUGUAAGUGGGCCAACUACUGGGGAAGAUUGCCCCACAAGCAGGCCAAGUAGUAUUGAUGAAACUGUGGCAAGCAGAUCUAGUAAUAGGCAUGAUAUGAUGCUCCUUUCAACUCUUUCUUCUGCGUCCAGUGGUGAUGACAAGUUCACUGUAAUGGAACUUCUCUCAUCAGUUGCAGAAACUAUGCCUAGCAUUGGCUCACCAAUUUCAUCUAGCCAGAAGAACUCACAGCCAGAUAAAGGAACAAACUUGCAUAAUCCAACCAUUGAAAAGCCACCUGCAACCUCUGAUCCUUCAGCUUUUGAUGAUGUUAUACAUGUUAUAAGGCACAGUAGCUUCCAUGUUGGAAGUAAGCAGCCAGUGAUGGAAAAAGUAGAAAUGGGUGUUCAAAAUGUGGAUGUUGGGAAACUUAAAAAUGUUGUGAGCGAUGAAUUAGAUAUGAGAAACAUGAAUAGUCCAGUGACCGUUAAGUCAUCAAGUUGUUCUGAAGCUUUAAGUUCAAAAUCAAAUGUUUCGGAUUACUCUGCUGUUAAAGAAAUGGAUGUUAGGAACUACAUUUCUUCAUCUCCAAAUUCUGAUUCACCAGAGUCUGCGAAUUCCAGCUCUUCUGUGAUGGAAGAGGAGACACCAGCAAAGGAAACUUUGGAUGUCAAGUCUUUUAGGCAAAGGGCAGAGGCACUCGAAGGGCUCCUAGAAUUGUCUGCAGAGUUACUGCAACAGAACAGAUUGGAAGAGCUCUCUGUUGUUUUGAAGCCUUUUGGGAAAGAUAAGGUGUCUCCAAGGGAGACAGCUAUCUGGUUAGCCAAGAGUCUGAAAGGAAUGAUGAUUGAAGACUGUGGACGAAGUUCAUGAAGUAUUAUUCGUGGGGUAAGCCUU